CAUCAUCGUCGUCGUCGUCGCGGUUGUUGCAGCCCCCUCUCUUUCUUCCCGGCCAUCUGUGCACCAUCAUCUGCUCCAGUCCAGCCUUUGGCUCCCUCUCUCUCUUCGCGUCUCGCAUUACCGCCACCAUCCACCCCUGCACCUCCGCUCGCACGCGCCUGGCCACGUCGCCCUAUCCAUCAUCGCAUACCACCGCCCCGACUCGCAAGGGUCAGCAGCCAGCUCGACGUGAAUCCAUUCCUCGACACACACCUGCGCGCUCCCCCUCCCAUCCUAUCGAACCACAGCCUGCAACGGGCCGGGCACACUACGCUUUAUUCGCUUUCAUCUACUUUAUCUCAUCAGCCUCCAAGCACAUCACCCCGCCCCCUGUUGAUAUCCAGCACACUUGCAAUAGCGCCCCCCACAGGCAAAGCAAAGCCUCCCGGACACGCAGAAGCACAUCUUCAUGGCUUUUUCGGCGUCAGCAGCUGCAGCACCCGGCGCUGCAGCACUUUCAUCGCCACCACCCCUGCCUCCUCGCCCCUCCCCGUCGCCUUUGCCCUCCACACCAAGACCGACAGCGGCGGCGACGCACACAACGACCUUCACCCCACUGGAGACCCCAGUGCACUCGGCAGCCUCCGCAAUGUCUGGACCGCACGUCGUCGCGCUGAGCACACUCCCCCUCCCAUCGCGGUCCGCGCCGCCGCCCGCCUUGGUCGUCCCGCCGCUGACGCGCCUCGACACAAUUCUCCCACCACCUGCAGUGCCGCCAUUCUUGUCGCCACUAUCUGCACCAGCAUCCGCGCCCGUAUCAGCAACAGCACUACUACCACGACAAGCAGCAUCCUCGGAAGCGUCCCUGUUCUCAACUUCCGAUUCCUCCGCUGCCGCGGCACCGCGCUCAUCACGCGCGGGCGCGGCUGCAAGCGCGCUCCCGACGCUACCGUCGCACGCCAGACUUCUCUCGCUCCCCCCGACGCCGACCGGCGCAGGCACGUCCACGGCCACAGCGACAGAAGCAACAGCAGGAGUAGCCUCAGGGGGCGGAGGCGGAGGGGGAAGCCUGCUCGGCCUCGUGGGUACCACGACGCCCGUGACGCCCAGCGCGCCGUCCUGGACCUUCCACUUUCCGUUUGCGCCCAGUACCGGCGCAACCGCAGAGAACGGGAGUGCAAGUGGCCCAGGCGCUGCUCUUUCGCCCGUCCACCUGUCCAUGCAGCCGCUUCCGUGGCCAGGGCCGACAGGCCUAGUCGUCGGCCAGGCGCCGACUCUACAAGACUACCUUCACCGCGACGCGAUCGAGCGCGAGGCACACGAGGUCGCACGCCGUGCCUCGCACCCCGGAGAGGACCUCGUGCGCCUCACCGAGCUCGGCAGGCUCGCAAGCCAGCACCAUCUCAGUCCGUACAGUAUUCUCAAGUACGGCAUCAAUGGCUCUCCCUGGCCGUACAUCCCGCUCACGCUGCAACAGCCGGCUGUCGCAGCGACGACGCUGCAGAACCAGCAGAUCAACGAGCGCAGAGCCGGCGAGCGCCAGCUACGCAAGCCAAAAGUCGUACGCCGCGGGCCCGUCCCAGCCCUCGCGUUUUCCGCUGCGUCGACCACUCCGCGUCCCCCGCUCAGCGGGCGAACCAACGGCGCCGCAUCCGGCUCCGACUCUAGCCCCUCCCUUGCAGCCAGCGCAGGUACCAAGCGCAGCCAGCAGGCCAAAGACGAGCUUGAGCAAGAGGCCGAGGCCAGCGGCGACCCUGCUGCCCCAGGGGGCGGGGACAGCGGUAGCAGCAGCGUAGGCAGUGAGAUCCUCCUCGGCCGCCGCGACUCUGUCAUGGCCGAGGCGCUUGCGCGCGCCAGUCCGCGCGCCAGGGCCGACGCCGAUGGCGGUGGCUUUGCGCACGGAAAUGCAAACAUGGGUGCGAGCGCGAAGGAGGACGUCGUGAUACACAGCGUCAGCGGCGACGCUCGCGCACUCGCGAACGGCACCGGCUCAGCCAACAGAUACGGAAGCGCGAGCGGACAGCUCCACGGCGCCGACUCAGCUGCUGUAGGCCCGGCGGCCUCUCGCUCGCAAACGGACGAUGAGGCCAAGCGCGCCGGGUCCGAGGUGGUCAUCAGCAACGGACCGCUCAGCGAGGGGGUCAUCCUCGCGAACGAGCUCGAGCCGACGCUUGCGCAAGCGCAUCGCACCGCCACGGCGGUUGAGCCUGCCCUGGCGCAUCCGACAACUGUAGCGCCCGCGUCGAUCCCGCUGACGAUCGGCGGUGCGGCGGUCAAGACGAGCGACACGCAUCCAAUCAACAUCAGCCCGAUCGUACCCGUGCAGUUGAUGGACAUCGUCGCCGCGGGUAUCUACGACACGCUCCCGCAGCGCAUCCGCCAGCAGCUGUGCUGCAGCGCUCCCGCCGCGCUCGCGGGCCCAUCACAGGAUGGCGUCGACGAGCACGUACAAGCGCAGCGUCGCGGCGACAUGCUCAUCCGCGCCGGUCCGACGAUCAACCUUGUCGCUGUCUCCGCGUCCGCCGCGGCUGGUGCCGCGCCAGCCGAGGUGCCGCCGUGUCGCACAAUCAGCACAUCGUCCACCCCUGCAACGGCGCACAGUCUGACGAACGGUGCAAGCCAGGGCGCCGCCGCAGCGCCGCUGUCGCAAGCGCAGAUCCAAGCGCAGGAGCUCGCGGCGCAAGCGCAAGCUAGCGUCUCGCUCGGCUCACAGACGUACGCAGCCGCGCCGGUCGGCAACUUGUUCCUCUCCUCGUGCCCGGGCAAGAAGGUACGUCUGACGGGCCCCGUGCGCGGCCGCGGCGCCAUUUGCCGUGAUCUCGGUUUGGACCUGAAGCGGAUCCAGGAUAUCGGCGUCGGCGCGAUCGUCUGCUGCCUCGACGACGAGGAACUCGCGUUCCUCGGCGCGCCGUGGCACGAGUACGAGCAGAGCGCCGACGCACUCGGCAUCGACGUCGUGCGCUUCCCCGUCGCCGAGGGCUUUGCGCCGACAUCGCACGUCGCGGUCGACCGCGCGAUCACGAGCGUUGUCAUGGACUACUCUCUCCGAGGCGUCUCGGUGCUCGUCCAUUGCAGGGGCGGUGUCGGCCGCGCGGGGCUCAUCGCAUGCACAUGGAUGCUCAAGAUGGGCCUCGUCCGCUCCGCCCUCGAGUCACCAGAGGGAGAGGGAGAGGGCAUGCGGAAGCUUCCACAAGACAAACAGCAGCAGCGGAUGGUCGUGCUCGACACGGUUGAGCGGCUCGUUGACACCAUCCGGAGGCGCAGGAGCCCAAAGGCAAUCGAGACGGCCGAGCAGGUCAAGUUCAUCGUAGACUACGUAAGUUAUUUGCAAGAGCAGGAGGCUAUGCAUGCACGCCAUCGCCACCGCCACCAAGAGCACGGCAGCAAGGAUGGCAGUAUCGGCAGCAGCCACAUCAUCAGCACCGGCACGGCCAGUUAUGCAGGUCGUGUAAACUCCGUAUUGCGUUUCAAUGGAUAACGGCCAACCUCGUCAAGGAGGCGCUCAUCUAGCACCUAACCUCUUGCAGACUAUCAUUACUAUUCAUCAAAAUUUGGAUUGCAUCGCAUCGACUCGAAUGGAUCCAUCACGGUGGAAGGAUACCCAACAUAGGAAUGAGGGAGCGAUGGAGCCGUCCUGUACUAUAUCUGUACUGCGUAUUACGGGCAUAUUUGAUGG